AUGAGACUCCGGCGACAAAACCCUUCCACUGGACAAACACCCGCCCCCCCCGUGAAGACCUCGAAUCUGGUUUCUCAGACGGAGUCCUUCGGCCCUGGCACCGCCCCCGCCACUUCCGCUCCGGGCCCAGAAGUCCCUCCUCGGCACCGGAAGUUCCGGGCCUCGGUGUCGUCCACCUUCCGGACGCGGAGGCCAGGACUUACUUCCGGCCGCGGGUGGGUUCCGGCUCGGAGCCCCGCGCGACCGGGAGCCCUGUUCCGGGAGCGCGGGUACCCCGGACGCCGGUACCGGCAACUCGGGCCGCGGGCGCGCCAGGAGGGCACCGGUGCGGGCGCGAGGCCCGAGGGGGCCAUGAACGGGACGGCCAACCCGCUGCUGGACCGCGAGGAGCACUGCCUGCGGCUCGGGGAGAGCUUCGAGAAGCGGCCGCGGGCCUCUUUCCACACCAUCCGCUAUGACUUUAAGCCGGCAUCUAUAGACACUUCCUGUGAAGGAGAGCUUCAGGUCGGCAAAGGAGAUGAAGUCACAAUUACGCUGCCACAUAUCCCUGGAUCCACACCACCGAUGACUGUGUUCAAGGGGAACAAGCGGCCUUACCAGAAGGACUGUGUGCUUAUUAUCAAUCACGACACCGGAGAAUAUGUGCUGGAAAAGCUCAGCAGCAGCAUCCAGGUCAAGAAAACAAGAGCCGAGGGGAGCAGUAGAAUCCAAGCCCGAAUGGAACAGCAGCCCGCACGUCCCCCACAGCCAUCACAGCCACCACCACCUCCGCCACCUGUGCCAUUCAGAGCUCCAACAAAGCCUCCGGUUGGACCCAAAACCUCUCCUUUGAAGGAUAACCCCUCACCUGAACCUCAGCUGGAUGAUAUCAAAAGAGAGCUGAGGGCCGAGGUGGACGUCAUUGAGCAGAUGAGCAGCAGCAGUGGAAGCAGCUCCUCAGGCUCCGAGAGCUCGUCAGGGAGCGAUGACGACAGCUCUGGCAGCGGAGGCGAGGACAGUGGCCCCGUGUCCCCUCCGCAGCCGUCACACCAGCAGCCCUACAACAGCAGGCCGGCCAUCGCCAACGGAACCGGCCGGCCUCAAGCAAGCAGCCAGCUCAUGUGCACCCUCAGAAAUGACUUGCAGUUGAGUGAGUCUGGCAGUGACAGUGAUGACUAGAGCCGGAUCUUUCGAAAUCAACUUUUUGUGCACAGAUCUGCUGCGAGACUGGGCUGCUUUAGCGUGGAGUCCACGCCGAGAGGAAAAUAUGGGGAUCAGUGACUGUAGGAGGAGUUGGAGGCUCUGAAGCGCUCAGAUGUGCAUAUCUUUAACAUAGCGGUGAUGGGUGAUUUUCUCGUGUAAUUUUUGAACAAUGUCAUGUUUCAAAGUUUUAAGUAGA